CGGUGAUGCCGGCAGUCCAUAUUUUAUAUCGGAAGCGAUCAAACUAGUAAUUCGUGUGAGUGCUGAUGCAUUAUCAGUCGAUACGUACAUGAACCUCGAACCCACUCAAACAAUAGCCGUUCUGUCGCAGCUGGCCGAAAAUUCUCCCGUCGGGCUGCUGCAGUCCGUACCGGAUGAUGAUCCACCGCUGAUCAAGUUCCGUGCCCUGCAGUACGCAUUAUUUAGCACCUCCUUCGUGGAGAUCCUUGUUCUUCCUGAUAACAGCGAUGUACAUCGAUCGGCAUGGGGUACGGCUAGAGGCUGUUGUACUAGAAGUACCGUUACAAAUCGAAGACUGAUCGAAGGUGGUCGCGGUUGUAGAGAAGCCCAAUUCAAACACUUUGCACGUCAACUUUCAACUUCAUCGUUCAACUUUCAACAUUCAGACAGAUAUUACAGCGCCGACUAGAUCAUUUCCACUCUCCGUACUUCAUGUUCAACUUUCAACAUUCUGACAGAUAUUACCGCGCCAACUAGAUCAUUUCCACUCUCCGUACUUAAUAUUGCAACGGCGUGUUUAGUGUUUAGCGUAAAUGUGCAACCGGUUAGGUCAUACAGUAUGAUAGUGAAAUUUAAAAAUAGUGAACGCGCAGAAGAGCAUAAAUCGCCAGUGCGCUAUUCGGAUUUUCUAUGUGGGGCGGUUUAUACGAAAGCAAUAGUCUGUGAAAACAAAUGUCGUGGGCCAUUAAUUGCUGGAAAAGUUUUCUAACGAUGCGAUGUUUUAGGAUAAGCGGUGACUUCCAUUUCGGCUGUUGGUGGUAAUUAUUCAAAUUGAAAAGUGUUCGAAAGGGAAAAGCAACACAAAGCACGCGUUUUAAGCGUUAAAUUUGACUGAAAAUCAGAAUAAGGAAUAAUACGUACGUGUGUGAUGGCUAAGUGUGCUAAUUUUUUUUGUUAUAUUAGUAAAAUUGUGGUGUUUUUUUUUUGUUUUGGCGUUAGCCAGAAAACAAAUUCGAAUAUGUUAGAAUUUAUACAAAAUUAUAGAACACUCAAUCACUAAUAGGGCGAGUUUGGAUUAACCAUUUACAGGCGUGAACUAUCGUUAAUUAUUGGGAAACGGUAUUUUUCUAGGGUACAGAGGAAAGGCAGAUAAACAUUGUAAAACAAUAAGAAGACAGCAAACAAACAUUAUUUAUUAUUAGCUUCUCGUUAGCCUUUUUCUUGAACCAGAGAGGAAAAUGGAAGAGAGUAUAGACACAAUUGAAAGAAAGAAAGCGGAGGAUGACUGCUUUCAUCAGAAUGGAAAAAAACCAAUAAAAUAACUUCCACGUGUUCCACUGUUUGAUAGUA